AUGCUUGCACAUCAGGGUGAGCAACAGUUCGCAGUCCCUGUAAAAGCCAAGACUAAAGUUGUAGUUAGCGACCGUACAAGAAUCUCCUACGAAUUGUCUGGUGUUGAGUUGGGAAGUGGGAAAUAUGGGAAAGUUCAGAAGGCGAUGAAUAAGCUGACUGGAAUGGCUGUCGCCAUGAAGAUCAACGACCCAAUUCGGGUCCCAGCGGACGUGCGCGAGUGGGAGGUAAAAGUGCUCUUGCGGCUGCGAGCUAGUGGCGGCAAUCGGAGCGUCGUGACUAUGCUUGACGUAGUGCAUUCCAGUGAUCUGAACAGUCAUCGUAUUGUUAUGCCACUUCUAGGCAUGACACUGAGCCGUCUACUAACGCGGGACAUCAACAUUGCCCGUGUGGAUGUACACCCGAUGGAGGCCAAAUUGGAGAUUACACGACAACUGUUCGAUGGUCUGAAGUACAUCCAUUGGAUCAAGAUUGCUCAUAAUGACAUCACAAUGCAAAACAUCAUGCUGGACUUUGAGCAUGGCAGCGUCCGAUUCAUAGAUUUCGGCAGCUCGUCGGACACGAGCUCCGAGACGAACAUGAAGACGAAUGUUACCCAGACGCUUAUGGAUGUGUAUGAUUUGACACGCAAGAUUAUCAUUCCUUUCUGGACGGUGACGUACUUCGGUGCCACAGAAGACCGGGCAAUCAAAGCACUCAGCUCCCGAGUCGAACAUCACGAACACCUAGAGAAGGCUAAAAGUCUCUUAUUCAUGGUCCAGUCGGUUGAGAUGAAGGCUCUUCUCAAUGAGAAUCUCAACUUCUAUGAUGAUCUAAGUGCCGGUGAGAAGGCAGCGAUCGCCGAGCUGGCCAGACUUAACUUUUCUCUGACUAAUGUGACGAAGCGUUCCGUUGAUUUCCCCGCUGACCUUCACAAUAUAUUGCAAGAGGGUUUGCUAUUGGCCCCCGCAGCAAACAUCAGCUCCCGCAGGAUUUCUGCUAAACUCGAAGAACUGAUAAGCAACGAAGACGCUAUAGCCGGCCAACGGUUCAUUCGAGACUUAGCAGGAACUGAAGAGGCUUACAUGGGUGAAUAG